AUGGAGACGCUAGAUCAGUCCAUUUCCGUUAACGUUCUUUCUGCCAAUGUACGGUCUUUACUGACAGAAAAAGCGAAAGAUCAUACCGCCAUCAGAGUAAAGGAAUAUUUUUUCCAAUUUCUGGAAAAAUUUGACGAAAUUUCCACGGUUUCCGAUUCUGCUGUGAUGCGGAAUACUCCUCUUUCCUCGCUGAGUGCUCAUCACGCAACGCCUUCUUCCGCCAUUAACUUGCCAUCUUCGAUGGGGAUUUCUUCUGACCUCUCAUCUUCGAUUGGAGACCCGCCCACACCCUCUGGAUCUGCACCACAUGUUCCAUUCUACUUGAGACAGCUGGGCGUGAUGAAGAAUGAGUCAAAGAGAACUUUAUUUGUAAACUUUGCUCAUCUUACUUCUUAUAAUGAUGUACUUGCAAGAGCAAUAAUGGAAGGAUACUAUCGGCUUCGCGAGCUUUCGUCGGAAAAGAUUGGCGAGUUGGUUGCUAUUACUGGCACCAUCACAAGGACAUCAGAGGUCCGUCCGGAGCUCUACAUAGGUACCUUUCAAUGCAACGAGUGCCGCUCCAUUGCCAGGGGCAUUGAGCAGCAGUUCAAGUACACAGAGCCUUCAGUGUGCGUCAAUCCGGUAUGCGGAAACAGGUCAAGCUGGACAUUGCUUCUGGAGGAGUCCCAGUUUCUCAAUUGGCAAAAGCUGCGGAUCCAGGAGAACUCAGGGGACAUUCCAAUGGGCAGUAUGCCUCGCACUCUUGAUAUAAUCAUCCACGAGGAUCUUGUGGAACGGGUACAAAGCCCUACCAUCUUAUUUCCGAUAGGAAACAAACUGGAGACUUCUUCUGGAAGAGAGUUUGGCGGCUUUAAAAAGAAGGAUGGGUUUGCUUCUAGUGUUACCGGCCUCAAGGCUUUAGGCGUGCGAGAACUGUCCUACAAACUUUCCUUCGCAGCGUGUAUGGUGACACCUUGUGCCAGCGCGGCGCUUUCUUCGCUGGAUGAUUUUGAUUACUCUCCUACUUUUGACUCCUUUUCACAGGAUGAAAAAAUGGACAUUUUGGCUAUGAAAAAUACUCCAAAUUUGUACCAGAAGCUGGUAGAAAGCAUUGCCCCUUCGAUUUUCGGUACAAGACGUGUCUUACCACCUUUUAGGGCACCAUGA